AUGGCCCCAACUUGCUGGCGCCACACGGUGUUGGUGGCUGCGCUUGCCUGCCUGCCAGUAUCUCGCACUACGGCCUCAGACAGCUUUGCUCUGCACGACCCUGAACCACUGCCCGUCUAUGAGCCCUCAAGCCGUCUUGCCCGCGCAGCCUCGCGCCGGGCGCUGAGCCUUGCUUCGACCCUCGACCUUGACCACCGAGGCUUGCCGCAGCUGCACAGCAAUCCCGCUGCAACGCACACCAUCUUCAUUGACUUUGAUGGGCACCGCUCACUCUCAUCCUCUCGCUACGGCGAAUAUGAGGCCCGCGCCUUUGACACUUCGGGCAAUUCGAGCCAUUUCGAUGCUGAAGAGCGCCUCGUCAUCUACGAAGUUUGGCAACGCGUCGUUGAAGAUUUUUCAGCCUUUGACGUGGAUGUCACUACGGAGGCGCCAUCGCCCACCUUGAGCCGAUAUGCUCACGUUCUCGUGACAAGCCACGUCCAAAGAUCCAACGCCGUCAUGCCCUUUAGCGCCGGUGGUGGCUACUCCUUUGUGGGUGUCUGGCCGCGUUCCGACCUCCUGACUGUCUAUUCCCCCGCCUUGGUGUUUUUUGACCGCCUGUACCAGCGCGCCGACUACAUUGCGGAAGCCGUAAGCCACGAACUUGGACACAUUUUUGGGCUCGUGCAUCUGGGAACCAAAGUUGGCCAGACUGUGCAGACGUAUUACACGGGGAGUGGCGACACGGGCGUGAUCAUGGGCUCGGCCUACAACCGCCAAUACACUGUUUGGUCACAGGGCGACUAUCCCAACGCCAAUGUGCAACAAGACAAUGUGCAGAUUUUACGAGCGGCGCUGGGUUCGCGGGCCGAUGAGGCCGGAGACACGCUCACCACGGCAUCGAUGGCAGCUGUCAGAGACAAGAGCCUGCUGUUGCAGGGCGUGCUGGGCCACGAGGCUGAUGUCGACUUUUACGAAUUUGAGGUCGUGCGCCCAAACAUUGUACAUUUCCAGAUGCGCAUGCAAAGCUUUGUGGCGCCUGCCCACACGUUGGGGGCCAACUUGAAACUCAAUGUCCAACUACUCGACGGGCGAGGUGGACUGGUGGCUCAAGGGCUUGAAUUGUCGCUGCGCCUGGUACCGGGCAGCUAUUACAUACGCGUCAGUGCUCAGACCGACCAACGGGGCCUGCUCGAUGCGUACGCCUCGCUGGGGCAAUACUGGUUGUAUGCGGUAUUGAAUGAUUUGGUAUCAUCCGUGGACGAGACGACCACAGCGUCCAUCGCCGCGCCCACCCCGACUGCGCUCGUCACAACCCCAACGUCAAUGACAGAGACGCCCGCGUUUGAAGCGAGUACCGUGGCGCUGGCCCCAAGUACCACAGCGAGCACCGACACUGCGGGGAGCCAUGAAGAGGCAUCUAGUGGGGUCUGUGCUUGCACGGCCAGCUACAGCACAUAUGGCUCCCGCAAGGCUCGCAAGCGCUGGAGCAUCAAGUUUAAGACCAAGGCUUGCGCCGCGUAUCGAUUUCACGUGUGCGUCGAAGAGCCAGGCAACGGCCAGGCGCCCGCCAAUCUGACAUUGGCGCUCGAGGAGAAACGUGAGGGGCGAUACGAGCGUCGCCUGGCCGUCCUGGGGAGCUGCCUCAGCUACGAGGUCGCGGGCGCAGCCUGUGCCCGUGGCACCAAGUGGCGGGUGGUUGUCGAGAACCCCCUCAAUCUCGCCUACGUAUUGCACAUGCCCGAGCGCAAGGUCACCCAAGCCAGCCAGAUGUUGACCGCCGUGCACAAGGCCAUGUCUUCCAUGGCUGCCCCCGGGCGCCAGUCCAUGCUCCAGCGCUCCAUCUUCAACGGUGUGCGCUCGAUGAGCUCGUUCGACCGCUCCAAGCCUCACUGCAACAUUGGCACCAUCGGUCACGUCGACCACGGCAAGACCUCUCUCACCGCCGCCAUCACCAAGGUCCUUGCCGAGUCGAACCUCGCCGAGUUCAAGGGCUACGCUGAUAUUGAUCGUGCCCCCGAAGAGCGCGUCCGUGGUAUCACCAUCUCGACCGCCCACGUCGAGUAUCAGACCGAGAACCGCCACUAUGCUCACAUGGACUGCCCCGGCCACGCCGAUUACAUCAAGAACAUGAUCACCGGUGCCGCCCAGAUGGACGGUGCUAUUCUUGUUGUCAGCGCCACUGAUGGCCAGAUGCCCCAGACCCGCGAGCAUCUCCUGCUUGCCAAGCAGGUCGGCGUGGGUCACCUCGUUGUCUUCAUCAACAAGGCUGACAUGAUUGACGAUCCUGAACUGCUCGAGCUGGCGUGCACAUUCCACUUUGCACUCACCACCUUCCAUUGGUGUGCCCGUGGCAAUCGACAGGUUGAGGUUGAGAUUCGCGAGCUUUUGGGUACCUAUGGUUUCGAUGAAGAUGAGACUCCCGUGAUCACCGGCUCGGCCCUCUGCGCUCUCGAGGACAAGUCCCCCGAAAUGGGUCGCGAAGCCAUCCUCAAGCUUAUGGAAGCCGUCGACAACUGGAUCCCUACCCCCGUGCGCGACCUGGACAAGCCCUUCCUGAUGCCUGUUGAGAAUGCCUUCUCCAUCUCCGGCCGCGGCACCGUUGUGACUGGCAAGAUUGAGCGUGGUAUUGUCAAGAAAGGUGACGAAGUUGAGAUCAUUGGUUACGGCAAGAACAUCAAGACUACCAUCACAGGUCUGGAGAUGUUCCACAAGGAUCUGACCGAGGGUCAGGCUGGUGACAACCUCGGCGCCCUGUGCCGUGGUAUCAAGCGUGAGGAUGCCACCAAGGGCAUGGUCAUGUGCGCCCCCGGCUCCGUCAAGUGCCACCGCAAGUUCCAAAGCCAGCUCUACGUUCUCAGCAAGGAGGAGGGUGGCCGCCACACCCCCUUUGUCAACGGCUACCGUCCCCAGCUCUUCACCCGCACUGGUGACAUCACCUGCACCAUCCAGCUGCCCGAGGGCAAGAUGGUCAUGCCUGGUGAGGAUGCCGCCCUCGAAGUUGAGCUCAUCACCGAGCUUGCACUCGAAGAGGGUCAGCGCUUCACCGUCCGUGAGGGCAACAAGACCGUCGGCACCGGCAUCGUCUCCAAGAUCAUUGAGUAA